AAAAAGAGAUGGCACGUGUGGGAGAAGAGAGAGAAAGAAGAGAUGAGAGUUGUGGUGAGGUUUGUGGAGAGGAGAAGUUUCUCUUUUGAGGAAUGGGGUGGAGAAGGUGGGAAAUGAGAAUUGAAAGGCUUAUGAAUGGAGAAGAAGAAGCUCAACCUCAUCAUCCCUAAUCCUCAACCUCAUGGAAUCAUUCCACGCCGCAAUUCCCCAAUCUCUCAAGGACAAGGUUCACUGUGGAUGAUGAAUUUGAGGAGUGGCGAAACAAUGGAUUCUGGAGCUUAUCCGGAGCGUCCAGGGGAGCCAGACUGUUCAUAUUACAUCAGAACUGGACUCUGUAGAUUUGGUGCAACGUGUCGAUUUAAUCAUCCUCCUAACAGGAAGCUGGCUAUUGCCACUGCAAGGAUGAUAGGCGAGUUCCCAGAAAGAAUAGGACAACCAGAAUGUCAGUACUAUCUGAAGACAGGAACUUGCAAAUUUGGCGCUACAUGCAAAUUUCAUCAUCCUAAAGACCAGGCUGGGAUUGCUGGAAGAGUUGCCUUAAAUACUUUAGGCUAUCCGCUCCGACCUAAUGAGCCUGAAUGCACUUAUUAUUUGAGAACAGGACAAUGCAAAUUUGGAAACACUUGCAAAUUCCACCAUCCUCAACCGAGUAAUAUGAUGCUUUCGUUACAGGAUUCCUCCGUUUACCCUACUGUCCAUUCUCCAACUACACCAGGUCAGCAGUCGUAUGCAGGGGGAAUUACAAAUUGGUCAAGGGCAUCAUACAUCCCUAGUCCCCGCUGGCAGGGCCCUUCAAGUUAUGCACCCUUAAUUCUUCCUCAGGGAGUAGUUUCGGUGCCUGGGUGGAGUGCAUACGGUGGUCAAGUGGGAUCAAUCUCUACUUCAGACAGUCAUCAGCAAGCAAUGAGAAAUGGUCAAACGUAUGGAACUUCUCGCCAAAGUGAGCUAGCAAACGCAGGAUCACCUGGAGCAUAUUCUCAAUACCGUUCUGGCACUGUUCCAGUAGGGUUUUAUGCAUUGCAGAGGGAAAACAUAUUUCCUGAGAGACCUGGCCAGCCUGAAUGCCAAUUCUACAUGAAGACAGGAGAUUGUAAGUUUGGCGCAGUCUGUCGGUUCCACCACCCAAGCGAAAGGCUAAUUCCUGCUCCUGACUGUGUCUUGAGUCCCAUGGGCCUUCCUUUACGUCCGGGAGAACCUUUGUGUGUCUUCUAUUCUCGUUAUGGCAUAUGCAAAUUUGGCCCGAGUUGCAAGUUUGACCACCCAAUGGGAAUUUUCACCUAUAAUAUCUCUGCAUCGCCUUCAGCUGAUGCCCCGAGCAGGCAUCUGCUACGAUCUUCAUCAGGAACUGCUGCGUUAAAUUUAUCUUCGGAAGGACUUGGUGAGUCGAGCUCAGCAGCAACGCCCAGGCGGCUUUCAUUAUCAGAGACAAGACAGAUACCUUCUGGUGAUGAUGACAUCGAUGAUGAUGGAUGAUGAUGUCUCUUGAAAAUGGGUCAUUUAGCUUUUACAAUUUUUGUAAGGGGAGAGAUGAUUAAUCUGUAAAUUAAUUUUCCCAUUGCUGGAGAUGUACAGAGGUCAUGUAUGUUUUUGAUUCUGUCAAUAAAAUUAAAUGCAGUUGGCAGAGUCAUUUGUUCUGGAUUUCAUGUUACCAGGCUCAUUGGAUAAAUUUAAGCAAAUGUUGUCACCUUAGGUCCAACCCAAUGUGAACAAUCCUUCUGUCCUGAAGCCAUCUUUCUUUCUAAUUAACUUUUCACAUUAUGUAAAAACCUCCUUCUGGAAAUCUGUAAUGACCAAAGUUUACCUCCUCUGUGGAUA